CCCCGAUGGCUCCCGACCCCAGCGGCUGCCGCGUCCUGCUGCUGCUCUUCUGCUGCCUGGCAGCUGCUCAGGCCGACCUGCUGAACCUGAACUGGCUUUGGUUCAAUAAUAAGGACACCAGCCAAGCAGCUACCACGAUCCCUGAGCCCCAGGGGCUCCUGCCUGUGCAGCCCACAGCAGACACCACCACGCACGUGGUCCCCCAGGAUGGUUCCACGGAGCCAGCGACAGCCCCUGGCAGCCCUGAGCCACCCUCGGAGCUGCUGGAGGACAGCCAGGUCACCCCCACUUCUGCCGAGAGCCCGGACACGCCAGAGGAGAACAUUGCCGGUGUGGGAGCCAAGAUCCUGAACGUGGCCCAAGGCAUCCGGAGCUUUGUCCAGCUGUGGAAUGACACCGUCCCCACUGAGAGCUUGGCCCGGGCGGAAACGCGGGUUGUCGAGGCUCCUGUGGGCACCCUCGCCCUCCCUGGGCCUUCCAGCACCCCCCGGGAGAAUGGGACCAGUCUGUGGCCCAGCCGUGGCGCUCCCAGCUCUCCGGGUGCCCACAUGACCGAGGCUGGCACCCUGCCUGCACCCACCCCAUCGCCUCCCUCCCUGGGCAGGCCCCGGGCACCACUCACGGGGCCCUCAGUGCCACCACCGUCCUCAGGUAGAGCUUCUCUCUCCUCCUCGCUGGGCGGGGCCCCUGCCUGGGGAAGCCUGCAGGACCCAGACAGCCGAGGACUCUCGCCCACCGCAGCCGCUCCCAGCCAGCAGCUCCAACGCCCUGACGUCAGCCUGCGCACACCACUUCUGCACCCCUUGGUGACGGGCUCCCUGGGCGCGCACGCGGCCCCCUCUGCCUUCUCCUCUGGGCUCCCGGGCGCACUGUCUCAGGUCGCAGUUACCACUUUAAUCGGGGACAGCGGUGCUUGGGUCUCCCACGCGGCUAACUCUGCGGGGCUGGGUCUUGCUAAUAACUCUGCCCUGCUCGGGGCUGACCCUGAGGCCCCCGCCGGUCGCUGCCUGCCCCUGCCGCCCUCCCUGCUGGUCUGUGGCCGCCUGGGCAUCUUGCGCUCCUGGCUGCCCAAUCACCUCCACCACGAGAGCAGCCAGCAGGUGCAGGCCGCGGCGCAGGUGUGGGGGGGCCUGCUGCGGACGCACUGCCACCCCUUCCUCGCCUGGUUCUUCUGCCUGCUCCUGGCCCCACCGUGCGGCAGGGUCCCGCUGCCCGCCCCACCACCCUGCCGCCAAUUCUGCGAGGCCCUGCAGGACACGUGCUGGAGCCGCCUGAGUGGGGGCCGGCUGCCUGUCGCCUGUGCCUCGCUCCCAACCCAGGAGGACGGGUACUGUGUGUUCAUUGGGCCGGCUGCAGAGAGCGUCGGCGAGGAGGUGGGGCUUCUGCAGCUCCUUGGGGACCCUCCGCCCCAGCAAAUCACCCAGACGGAUGACCCCGACGUCGGACUGGCCUACGUCUUUGGGCCAGAGGCCAACAGCGGCCAAGUGGCCCGGUACCACUUCCCCAGCCUCUUCUUCCGCGACUUCUCACUGCUGUUCCACAUCCAGCCGGCCACGGAGGGCCCAGGGGUGCUGUUCGCCAUCACGGACUCGGCGCAGGCAGUGGUCUCGCUGGGCGUGAAGCUCUCUGGGGUGCGGGACGGGCACCAGGACAUCUCCCUGCUCUACACGGAGCCAGGCGCAGGCCAGACCCACACAGCCGCCAGCUUCCGGCUCCCCGCCUUCGUCAGCCAGUGGACACACUUAGCACUCAGUGUGGAGGGUGGCUACGUGGCCCUCUACGUGGACUGUGAGGAGUUCCAGAGAAUGCCGCUUGCUCGGUCCUCACGGGGUCUGGAGCUGGAGCCCGGCGCCGGGCUCUUCGUGGCUCAGGCAGGAGGAGCGGACCCUGACAAGUUCCAGGCAUCUGGAGACUUUGGCAGCGGGCUCGCCGACACCCGGGAGCUUCUCAGGGAGGAGAUGGGCACAGCCCUAAAACCCAGGCUCCCCACGCCACCCCCGGUCACUGCUCCACCCUUGGCUGGAGGCAGCAGCACGGAAGAUUCCAGAAGUGAAGAAAUCGAGGAGCAGACCACGGUGACUUCAUUAGGAGCUCAGACACUUCCUGGCUCAGAUUCUGUCUCCACGUGGGACGGGAGUGUCCAGACCCCUGGGGGCCGCGUGAAAGAGGGCGGCCUGAAGGGGCAGAAAGGGGAGCCAGGUAUUCCAGGCCCGCCUGGCCGGGCAGGCCCCCCAGGCUCCCCCUGCCUGCCUGGUCCCCCGGGUCUCCCGUGCCCGGUCAGUCCCCUGGGUCCUGUAGGCCCAGCGUUGCAACCUGUCCCCGGACCACAAGGACCUCCAGGGCUGCCAGGGAGGGACGGCACCCCUGGAAGGGAUGGCGAGCCGGGUGACCCUGGUGAAGACGGAAAGCCGGGCGACACCGGGCCGCAGGGCUUCCCCGGGACUCCGGGGGACGUGGGCCCCAAGGGCGACAAGGGAGACCCCGGGGUUGGAGCGAGAGGACCCCCAGGACCCCAAGGGCCUCCGGGGCCCCCAGGACCCUCCUUCAGACACGACAAGCUGACCUUCAUUGACAUGGAGGGAUCUGGCUUCGGUGGUGAUCUGGAGGCCCUGCGGGGUCCUCGAGGCUUCCCCGGACCCCCCGGACCCCCCGGUGUCCCAGGCCUGCCCGGCGAGCCAGGCCGCUUUGGGGUGAACAGUUCUGACGUCCCAGGACCUGCCGGCCUUCCUGGUGUGCCUGGGCGCGAGGGUCCCCCCGGGUUUCCCGGCCUCCCGGGACCCCCAGGCCCUCCAGGAAAAGAGGGGCCCCCAGGAAGGACGGGGCAGAAAGGCAGCCUGGGUGAAGCAGGCGCCCCAGGACAUAAGGGGAGCAAGGGAGACGCCGGUCCUGCUGGCGCUCGCGGGGAGAGCGGCCUGGCAGGAGCCCCUGGACCCGCUGGACCACCAGGCCCCCCUGGGCCCCCUGGGCCCCCUGGGCCACCAGGACGAGGACUCCCCGCUGGAUUUGAUGACAUGGAAGGCUCCGGGGGGCCCUUCUGGUCAACAGCCCGAGGCGCCGAUGGGCCGCAGGGACCCCCCGGCCUGCCAGGACUGAAGGGGGAUCCUGGUGUGCCUGGGCUGCGGGGGGCAAAGGGAGAAGUUGGAGCAAAUGGAGCCCCCGGGUUCCCCGGCCUCCCUGGCAGAGAGGGCACUGCUGGGCCCCAGGGGCCAAAGGGAGACAGAGGCAGCCAGGGAGAAAAGGGAGAUCCAGGGAAGGACGGAGUCGGGCAGCCAGGCCUCCCCGGACCCCCCGGACCCCCGGGGCCUGUGGUCUACGUGUCGGAGCAGGAUGGUGCCGUCCUGAGCGUGCCGGGACCUGAGGGCCGGCCGGGUUUCGCAGGCUUUCCCGGACCUGCAGGACCCAAGGGCGACCUGGGCUCUAAGGGUGAACGAGGCUCCCCGGGACCCAAGGGUGAGAAGGGUGAACCAGGCAGCGUCUUCAGCCCCGACGGCAGUGCCCUGGGCCCUGCCCAGAAAGGAGCCAAGGGAGAGCCGGGCUUCCGAGGACCCCCGGGUCCGUACGGACGACCGGGGCACAAGGGAGAGAUUGGCUUCCCUGGACGGCCGGGUCGCCCCGGGAUGAACGGAUUGAAAGGAGAGAAAGGGGAGCCGGGAGAUGCCCACCUUGGAUUUGGCAUGAGGGGAAUGCCCGGCCCCCCAGGGCCUCCAGGGCCCCCAGGCCCUCCAGGGACUCCUGUUUACGACAGCAAUGUGUUUGCUGAGUCCAGCCGCCCCGGGCCUCCAGGAUUGCCAGGGAAUCAGGGCCCUCCAGGACCCAAGGGCACCAAAGGAGAAGUGGGCCCCCCCGGACCACCAGGGCAGUUUCCAUUCGACUUCCUUCAGUUGGAGGCUGAAAUGAAGGGGGAGAAGGGAGACCGAGGUGAUGCAGGACAGAAAGGCGAAAGGGGUGAGCCCGGGGGCGGUGGCUUUUUUGGCUCCAGCCUGCCAGGCCCCCCCGGUCCCCCAGGCCCACCUGGCUACCCUGGGAUUCCAGGUCCCAAGGGAGAGAGCAUCCGGGGCCAGCCUGGCCCACCUGGACCUCAGGGACCCCCCGGCAUCGGCUACGAGGGGCGCCAGGGCCCUCCCGGCCCCCCAGGCCCCCCUGGCCCCCCAGGGCCCCCUUCAUUUCCCGGCCCUCACAGGCAGACUAUCAGCGUUCCCGGCCCUCCGGGCCCCCCUGGGCCCCCUGGGCCUCCUGGAACCAUGGGCACCUCCUCAGGGGUGAGGCUCUGGGCCACGCGCCAGGCCAUGCUGGGCCAGGUGCACGAGGUUCCCGAGGGCUGGCUCAUCUUCGUGGCCGAGCAGGAGGAGCUCUACGUCCGUGUGCGGAACGGGUUCCGGAAGGUCCAGCUGGAGCCCCGGACGCCACUUCCACGAGGGACGGACAACGAAGUGGCUGCCUUGCAGCCCCCCGUGGUGCAGCUGCACGACAGCAACGCCUACCCCCGGCGGGAGUUCCCCCACCCCACCGCAAGGCCCUGGCGGGCAGACGACAUCCUGGCCAGCCCCCCUCGCCUGCCCGAGCCCCAGCCCUACCCUGGAGCCCCGCACCACAGCUCCUACGUGCACCUGCGUCCGGCGCUCCCCACGAGCCCACCCGCCCACACCCACCGCGACUUCCAGCCCGUGCUCCACCUGGUUGCGCUCAACAGCCCACUGCCAGGCGGCAUGCGGGGCAUCCGUGGGGCCGACUUCCAGUGCUUCCAGCAGGCACGGGCCGUGGGGCUGGUGGGCACCUUCCGUGCCUUCCUGUCCUCGCGGCUGCAGGACCUGUACAGCAUCGUGCGCCGUGCCGACCGCGCAGCCGUGCCCAUCGUCAACCUCAAGGAUGAGCUGCUGUUUCCCAGCUGGGAGGCUUUGUUCGCAGGCUCUGAGGGUCCGCUGAAGCCCGGGGCACGCAUCUUCUCCUUUGACGGCAAGGACGUCCUGAGGCACCCCACCUGGCCCCAGAAGAGCGUGUGGCAUGGCUCGGACCCCAGCGGGCGCAGGCUGACUGAGAGCUACUGCGAGACGUGGCGGACAGAGUCUCCCUCAGUCACAGGUCAGGCCUCCUCCCUGCUGGGGGGCAGGCUCCUGGGGCAGAAUGCCGCAAGCUGCCACCACGCGUAUAUCGUCCUCUGCAUCGAGAACAGCUUCAUGACUGCCUCCAAGUAGCCGCCGCCUGGAUGCGGAUGGCCGGAGAGGACGGGCGGCUCGGAGGAAGCACCCACUGUGGGCAGGGAGCGGCCGGCCAGCCCCCGGCCCCAGGACCUGGCGGCCAUACUUUCCUGUAUAGUUCACGUGUCAUGUAAUCCUCAAGAAAUAAAAGGAAGCCAAAGAGUGUAUUUUUUUAAAAGUUUAAAA